CCUCCUUGUCCUUCUCCCUCCUGCUGUACAUUGCUGACAUCUCCUCCACCAUGUCGUUCUCUGAAGCAGAGGUACAAAGUGCCCGCAGUGCCUGGGAGAAGAUGUACGUGGAUGCUGAGGAAAAUGGGACAGCUGUGCUAGUCAGGAUGUUUACCGAGCAUCCAGACACCAAGUCCUACUUCACACACUUCAAAGGCAUGGACUCUGCCGAAGAGAUGAAACAGUCGGAUCAGAUCAGAGGCCAUGGCAAGAGGGUUUUCACUGCCAUCAAUGACAUGGUGCAACACCUGGACAACUCCGAGGCUUUUUGUGGGAUAGUGACCCCACUUGGCAAGAAACAUGCUACCCAGCUGAAGAUUGACCCCAAAAACUUUAGGGUUAUCUGUGACAUCAUCUUGCAAGUGAUGGAGGAGAAAUUUGGCGGAGACUGCAAAGCUUCCUUUGAGAAGGUGACCAAUGAAAUCUGCACUCACCUCAACAAUGUCUACAAAGAGGAGGGUUGGUGAGGGUGUGCAACCUCCAGCCUCUUCAGGUGUCUCACCAGCACUGAUUUUAGGCUUUUGGGCCUUCAGCUA